GGAGAGGCCUGCAGCAUGUCUGGAUCUAUACCGUUCUACCAGAAGCAUCAUCUCCACUACGACCGUGGCUACCGCAGCAAGGAAACGGAGUCCAGGCUGAGCCAGUACCACGCCAGCAGCAGAUAUGCGGCCGGCAGCAGCUCCUCCGCUAGCAGCUAUAGCAGGGGACUUAAAGUGUCUUCACAUUCUGGGCUGGAGGCGAGCAGACUGAGCCCCGUACCAAAGAGAGCCAAGCCAUCUUACUUGGCUGUGGACAAAGAGAACCAAAUCAUCGGCUAUGUAGUGCCGAUCUUCAGGGGCAGUCAUGAGUUUGGACUUUCGGAUGCAGAGGAAGGAAGGGUGAGGGACACUGCAGCAUACAUGGCUCGCAGGGAUAUGUUCACCAGUGGGAUGGAGAUGGAGAGGUCGGAGCUGAUCGCCAGGAGGGAGGCCAUGCGUGGAACAGCUGAACGCAUCUCUCUAAAAAAAAGGAUCCAUGACCACGAGGAGCACUUUAAGCGCAUGAACGAAGAUAGCCUGAUGCAUCCCCCGGAGUUUGUGAUUAAACCACGCUCCCACACGGUGUGGGAGAAGCAGUGUGUGCGACUGCACUGCACUAUCAGCGGCUGGCCUGACCCAAGGGUCGUCUGGUACAAAAACAAUGUGGCGAUUGACCCUGUAACCUGCCCCGGCAAAUAUAAACUUGAGAGCAAAUACAGCGUUCACUCACUGGAGAUCAACAAAUGUGAUUUUGAUGACACAGCGCAGUAUCGCGUCUCUGCGAUGAACUCCCAGGGAGAGGAGUCUGCAUUUGCCUCUCUCGUUGUGAAAAGAUUUAAAGGGGAUGUUGACGAGUCCCUCCCAGCACCCAGACAUGGCCCAGUGUCCGAGUAUGGCAUCACCUUCAAGACUCACAUUGUUGAUAAGUUCAGUGUAUCAUUUGGGAGAGAGGGUGAGACCAUGAGUCUUGGAUGUACAGUCAUUAUUUACCCAGCCCUGCAUCGCUACCAGCCAGGGGUCCAGUGGUACAGAGAUGAUGUUCUGCUGUCUCCUUCUAAAUGGUACCACAUGCACUGGAGUGGAGAUCGAGCCACGCUGACGCUCACACAUCUCAACAAAGAGGAUGAGGGGCUCUACACGCUGCGUGUCACCACCAAGUCUGGAUAUGAAACCUACUCAGCUUACGUCUUUGUCAGAGAUGCCGACGCAGAGGUCGAAGGAGCUCCUGGUGCCCCUCUGGAUGUGCGCUGUCUGGAUGCCAACAAGGAUUACAUUAUUGUUACAUGGAAGCAGCCAGCUGUCGACGGUGGAGACGCCAUCCUGGGAUACUUUGUGGACAGAUGUGAGGUUGGAACCACCCACUGGAUCCAGUGCAACGACACUCCCGUUAAGUUUGCCCGUUUCCCCGUCACUGGCCUGGUAGAGGGACGCUCCUACACCUUCCGUGUUCGUGCAGUAAACAAGAGCGGGAUGAGCCACCCGUCCAGAGUCUCUGAGCCGGUGGCCGCCAUGGACCCAGCAGACCGGGCUCGCAUGAGAGGUACUUCUGCUCCUUGGACUGGACAAAUCAUCGUCACAGAGGAGGAACCAGCAGAGGGCAUCGUUCCUGGCAGACCUCUUGAGCUGCAGGUGACAGAAGCGACCAAGAACUAUGUGGUGCUGAGCUGGAAGCCACCAGGAGAGAAAGGCCUUGAGGGUGUCAUGUACUAUGUGGAAAAGUGUGUCUCAGGCACAGACAGCUGGCAGAGGGUGAACACAGAGAUCCCGGUCAAGUCUCCUCGCUUUGCGCUGUUUGAUCUUGCUGAGGGGAAAUCCUACAGCUUCCGUGUCCGCUGCUGCAACUCUGCUGGCGUUGGCGAGCCAUCUGACCCGACUGAGGCCACAACUGUUGGCGACAAGCUUGAUAUCCCAUCAGCCCCUGGAAAAGUCGUCCCCACCAGAAACACAGACACAUCCGUCGUCGUGUCUUGGGAAGCCUCCCCUAACGCCACAGAGUUGGUGGGAUAUUACAUCGAGAGUAGUGUUGUGGGAAGCAACGUGUGGGAGCCGUGCAACAACAAGCCUGUGAAGUGCACCAGGUUCAUCUGCCACGGUCUGAUGACAGGAGAGAAGUACGUGUUCAGGGUGAGGGCAGUGAACGCAGCAGGACUCAGCCAGUUCUCGCCAGAGUCUGAGCCUGUAGAGGUGAAAGCAGCUAUUGCCUCGCCUACUCCACCCUAUGGCAUCACCGUCCUGGAGUGUGUGCGUGACUCAAUGGUGCUGGCCUGGAAACAGCCCACAUCCAUCGGCGGUGCUGACAUCACAGGAUACUUUGUGGAUUACCGUGAGGUCAUCGAUGGCGUGCCGGGGAAGUGGCACGAGGCCAACGUCAAGGCUGUCAGUGAGAGGGCCUACAGGGUGUCUGAUCUGAAGGAGAACAAGAAGUACCAGUUCCAGGUGCGAGCAGCCAACAUGGCCGGUGUUGGCAUCCCAUCGCUGCCCAGCGACACUUUCCUGUGUAAGGAGUGGACCAUCGCUGUGCCAGGGCCUCCUCACGACCUUCAAAUCAGAGAGGUGAGAAGCGACUCCCUGGUGUUGCUGUGGAAACCACCUGUGUACCAGGGCCGCGACCCUGUCAACGGGUUCUACAUCGACAUCAAGGAGGCGGAGGCGCCAGAGGAGGCAUGGAGAGGAGUCAACACGAAAGCUACAGGGAAGACAUACUUCAAGAUUACGAAUCUGAAGGAGACAGAGUCGUACGUGUUCCGUGUGCGUGCUCAGAAUCAAGCAGGUGUUGGAAAAGUGUCAUCUGUGACAGAGCCGGUCACAGCUGAGACCAAACCAGGCACAAAGGAGAUUGUUGUGGAUGUGGAUGACGAUGGAAUUAUCUCUCUGAACUUCGAAUGCGGUGACAUGACCCCCGACUCCAAAUUUGUGUGGUCCAAGAACUACGAGGAAAUGUCAGACCUGUCCCGCAUGACCAUAGAGACCAAGGGGAACAAGUCCAAAGCUGUUUUCAACACUCCUGGAGAGGAGGACAUUGGCAUCUACUCAUGUAUCGUCACUCACACUGAUGGUGCUUCAUCCAGCUAUACUCUCUCUGAGGAAGAACUGAAAAAGCUGCUGGAGAUCAGUCAUGACCACAAAUUCCCAAUAAUCCCACUGAAGUCAGAGUUGGCCGUAGAGCUGCUGGAGAAGGGAAAAGUUCGCUUCUGGCUGCAGGCAGAGAAGAUCUCAGCAAACGGCAAAGUGGAUUACAUCUUCAACGACAACGCUGUCUCUCAGGGCGAGAAAUACAAGAUGAACUUUGAUAAGAACACAGGUGUGAUAGAGAUGACCAUGGACUCUCUGACCCGGACAGAUGAGGGCACGUACACCUUUCAGCUGCAGGACGGGAAAGCUAAGAACCAGUCCAGUCUGGUUCUGAUAGGAGACGUGUUCAAGGAGCUGCAGAAAGAAUCAGAGUUCCAGAUGAAAGAAUGGCACAGGAAGCAAGGCCCUCACUUUAUCGAGUAUCUGGGUUAUGAAGUGACGCCAGAGUGCUGCGUUGUGCUGAAGUGCAAGGUGGGCAACAUGAAGAAGGAAACGUCUGCGGUGUGGUACAAAGACGGACAUGAGAUCAAAUCAGACGCCAACCUCGGCUUCACAGAGGGAGUGCUCAAACUGGAGAUAGCUCAGAUUUCCAAGAAGGACUCAGGUGUGUAUGAGGUCGUUCUGAAGGAUGACAGAGGACAAGACAAAUCCAUGCUGAAUUUGACUGAUCAAGGUUUUAAAGACUUGAUGAAUGAAGUUUUCAGUUAUAUUGCCAAUUCUUCCACUCCACUGAAGAUCACAAGCACAGAUCAGGGCAUCCGACUUUACACCUUUGUCAGCUACUACAACGAUUUACUCCAAGUAACAUGGCACUACAAGGAUUCAGCCAUUGCCUUUUCUGACCGUAUAAAGAGUGGAGUGGUCGGGGAGCAGCUGUGGCUGCAGAUCACAGAACCGACAGAAAAAGACAUGGGCAAAUACGCCAUUGAGUUUAAUGAUGGUAAAGGAGGCCUGAGGAGGACUGUUGAGCUGUCUGGUCAAGCAUUCGACGAUGCUUUUGCAGAAUUCCAGAGACUCAAAGCUGCUGCUAUUGCAGAAAGAAGUCGUGCCCGAGUAGCAGGAGGCCUGCCUGAUGUGGUCACUAUACAGGAGGGAAAGGCCCUCAAUCUCACCUGCAACAUUUCAGGCGACCCUGUGCCAGAGGUCACCUGGUUGAAGAACGACAGAGAGAUCACAUCCAACGAUCACUGCAUUCUAAAGUUUGCAUCGGGCAAGUUCGCCAGCUUCACCAUCACCGGCGUGAACACGUCAGAUUCUGGCAAGUACAGCAUCCUGGUGAAGAACAAGUACGGCACAGAGAGCGGGGACUUCACCGUAAGUGUCUUCAUCCCUGAGGAGGCAGGCGGCAAGAAAAAGUAAAAGCGGUCCAAAUCUUGUCGUAAAUGUGUAUAAAUGAAAAACACUGAAACAGUUCAUGAAAAAAAUGGCUUGAGGAAUGUGUUGGAUGUUUUGUGUAGAACAUGAAAUUAACCCUAGAGGUGCUGAAUCUAGAAUGAGACAUCCCACAGAUCAGAGAGAAUAUCCAGAGUGUGGUUAUACUAAACAUGUUCGCAUCAGGUCCAAAGAUCUAACAAAUGUUAUAGGUUAUUUUAACCGUUUUAGUUUUGUUUGUGUAGAUCUGAAGAAUCCAGAGAAGCAACUAUAAUUAUGCCCUUUCUGCUUUAAAAAAUUAACAUUACUUGACACAAGAAAGAUAUUAAGUUAGGAUGCAACAUCUAAUUUGAAGCAAAGAUAAAGAAUUUGCAUGUUUUACUCAUUUGUUACAAAUUUUGCAAACUUUAGUUGCAACGAGCAUCAAACGAUUCAAAAUCACCACUUUAAUCCAUGAAUAACUUUUUCUCUUUGGCAGCGCUUCAUUUAUGUUUACUGGGAUAAAACAUGGAAAGCUCUUGCAGACAUGAAAGAGGUGGAAAAUUGUGAUCAAUAUUACCUUAUUCCCUUUAACUAUUGCAUUUAAGUGUAGCUCAGAAUCAUGGACAUCAGGAUUUUAAGAUGAUCUACCCUCUCUUUUUUGUUGAAAUGUUUGCAAUAGGCAGCACUUUAAUAAAAAUGUCAGCAUUUUGGUGUUAGCAAGCAGCGUUAGUCUUUUUAAAUGGGUCAUAUUUCUUCCAUUGCAUUCAGUUUAUUGUGGCAGUGCUAAACGUUGCGGCUUUCUGAUUUUAACGACAGUUGUGAUUCUUGAUACAGACAGGAAGAACAGGCUUAAUUCUUGGUUUUAUUGUAUGAACUAGUUAGCUAACUACACUUUAAUUUCUCUUACGAAGGUAUGCUACGCCUGCAAAUGCAUAACUGCCCACUGUUCGCCAUGAACAGGAAGUAGUUUUUCAGAGUCUUAAAUCACUGGUAGAGCCCUGAAUCUUAGCAUUUUUUUUUUACAAUAAGUUAAAAUCCUGUUCACUAAAUAUUUGUUUUCAGUCACAGGAAGUCUGUACCCUGUAUGUUUAAGACACAGUAACCUGUUUUAAUAGAGAGAGCCAGCACAGCCCUUGCCAAUAAGUUUUGUUCACUAGCAAAAAUAGUUAUGUGUCUGAAAAAAAUGGCGAAUGAAUGAAAAAUCACCUUAACUAUGUUUUUUGAUGUUACUUGAGCUUUAGCUGACUUUAACCCACUGGCGGUUAAAAAACGUCUACAAUCAUCAAUGACCACAACUUUCAGUUUUCAUGUUCACAUUACAUUUGUAGGAAGUUAAUGCAAUUUUGCAUAGUUUUCCAAAAUUUAUAUCAAUCAUAAACUUUUUUUCAUUCAAAACUUUGUGCUAAGAUUCAUGGCUCUCAAGUGUUUUAAGGCCCUGGACAAGCAACUUCCUGUUUCAUGGCAAAAGAAAAAAAAAAACAUAUGACUAAAUGUUGACAUUACAUUUGGGGAAAGUUAAAACAGUUUUGAGAGACAGUGAUCUGUACCUUCCCAUAGACUUUAUAAAUCUGUGCAAAUGUAAUAGUUCUAGGUUUGCAGUGGCAACUGCUAUAAUGUUUGUAGGAUUAUUACUGUUAAAACAAACUGCAGAUUUGUAUUAUGUUUUUAGUUUAUUGCAUUUGUGGACAGUUUUUGCAGUUGGUAAAUGGUCCUUUUAAUAUUUCAGGGUGUAUAGACACUUUUAAGAGUUGAAGAUGAGUUAAUAGACAAAUGAAGCUUGAAGAUAUCCCUUCAUAUGCCAUAAGGAAGAGUGGAAAAAAGUCUGUGACAAACAUGACUAGAAUCACAGAGCAUACUCUGUUACCCAGGUAUAAGUAAUGAUUUUUCAGGCAUUCUUGACUCUUAAAGGAGUCAGUCUAAAGUUCUAUGCGCCUAUAAUUUGGAGGAAACACUUCCAUAUGUAACCUGUUGUUACUCUAAAAGGCUUGAGUUGGAACUGAUUGAAAACUUCAGUUCACAGAGUUUAUUAUAAAUGGGCUAAAACAGGAUCUUCUCAUGCCAUUUCAUUACCAUCAUGAAGUACUUUUUUGUUGUUGUCCUCAAUCAGUGUGGUGACAUUACUUCCCUUGUCUCCUUGUCUGUAUGAGCACUCUUUGUUUUCCCACUGUCUUUAUUGUGAAUGCCAUGCAACCCCUCUACAGUCCUCUAUUAAUUAUGACGAUGCAUCUCCAAGUUGUGAUUUGUUGUUGAUGACGAUGCCACUGUAAUGAAGACUGCUACACAGCCCUGUUGUUGUUGUUGCAUCACUUCCUGGUCCCCUGUUUCUCGAUUGGACUAAUAAAAAGCAUGUACCUCC